CAGUGAUGAGAAACAGUGACACAAAUCUUUGGUUCAUCCUGAUUAUGUAGAACUUUGCUGGAUUCCUUCCAAAACCAUUGCAAGUAACAGUGGUUUUACAGGGAAGUGAAGUGAAAAUAUCGUAGCGGUAGAGGAUAAUACCGAUUGCAUUUUAACCAAAACAAAGCAGGCCUCUUCCGGACGGAAAGCUAACGAAGCAACUUGGGCGCAUUCCUUUCCCGAUGGUACGUUACAAAAGUGCGGUCAAGUGCAAAUGUGAAAAAGCUCCCACAGUUUGCUUCCGGUUCCGGCGCACAAUCGGGUCAACUGUUCGCAGCAGGCGUAACGAGUAGAGCGCGAGGAAAAAGGGUCGUUUCGAGAAAACGAAAAAUCAAUCGACGAUACCGUGGCCGGCGAGUGGCAUUACUUAAGAUAAAAACCGAACCAAAAUUGUAUGUCAGCAUGGCCUACGCAUCGAACGAAACGCAUGACGCGCUGUGGAAGCAAAUAUUGGAAAACCACUGGAAGUAUGUAGAGUCCGAGGAAUCCAUGCUAAAGAUCGAACUGCGGCGCGACCUAGAAGAUCUGAUAGAAAAACGAUUGGGAAAAGUGCCACCGAAUGAAAAAUUUUAUCUCGACGACACAAAAUAUGCCUUUGAUAGCUCGGUCGCACAUCUGGAUGAUUUUUCGGCCUAUAAAGCAUCGAUCGGAUUUGAGGCAAUCAGCCAAUACGCGAACAAUCUGUUCGUUAAACCAUGGCGAAAGGAAUAUAAAGUGAUAAAGAUGUACUCUGGAUUCUACCAACAUGAAAUAGCCGCCAAUUUAGUGAAUGCGGAGAAACUAUUUCAAGCCAUGGGUUAUCAGCUGAUGCCGAACAAAACGCUCAUUUUAGAUGGCCCAAUCUGUCCGGAUCAAGUAAUGAACGUUGCGCGUGACGCUAUUACAGCGUACGUAGAAUGCCAGAUGAUGAAACGAAUUUACAGUGAGCUUACUUCGCUGCGGUUGUCGAUAGAUUGGAUUGAUAUUUACAACUUCAGAAGCUACCACGCAGCUGAUGUAAUGCAAACAGUCAAACAAAUGGCACUAUCGAUACAAGAAAAGCAUCACAAAAAGCAACAAGCUAAACUAAGAGGUAUAUUAUUGAAAGCUGUUGUUAAGUAGUAUAAACUUC